AUGGUUUCAGGAGACAGAACCAGCAGUGCCAAAACAGACAGAACAACUAAGAAACCAUGCCAUGCUUGCACGGAAUACAAGAAGUGCCUCAAUGAGGUGCUGCAUUGUAAAGAUCAGGAUAUCCAAGUUGCUGAAGGUGAAGAUGUAAAGUUUGACUGCAACGUGAAAUUUCUAGACAGCAUUGGUGGAAAACUUGAAUUUGUUUUAGAAAAGAAAGAUGAAGUGGGCGUCUUUCCCUUGAAGACCUCCAACAAACCACAAAUUCAUAUAGAAAAAGCUGGCAAGGAGCUUUCAGGUCGUUACACCUGUACAGCAAAGACCAAAGAUUCAAUGUUUCCAAUAAGCAGAGUGGAUUUUACAGUAAAAGUUGUGAGCCCACCAAAACCCCUAUCUCUGGACUCAUCAGUUCCACUUCCUGCUGAAGAUAUGAAAGAUACAUUUAAAGAUAACCAGUUGGCCCAAAUCACAGUGAUAUGUGCUACUGUUAUCUCAUUGGCGAUUUCUGCAUCAAUAAUGAUUUGCAUAUGUUUGUUAAUAAGAGAAAGCAACAGAGAAGAAAAGGCUUCUGUCCAGAAGGAACCAACGGAACUGGAAGAAGUGAAGAUCUCUAUGGAUAUUGAGAAGAGCAAGCCGGACACUAGAGAAGAGGCAACACAAACAGAUGGCUGAGGGCAACAGAUAUUCUGUUCCCCUAUGGCUGUAACCCAAGGUCAUUCUGCCCUGAAUACUUACACAGCGCUCCCUCUUUAUACCUCCUUAUUAACAGCUACUGUUAUAGAGGCUGAUGUUAUUUAAAGGCAUUUGCCAAAAUAACGAAUAAGUUGGUGAGGAAGGGCGAUAGCGGGAUGGUCGGCGGGUUGGGGGUAUAAAGAGGGAGCAGACGCUGCUAUUGUGUAUUCAGAGAGAUAUUUUGUUUAUGGACAAGGAGCCAAUGGGGCAGAACCGUUACUUGUGUUGUGGACAUCGCAGAAGAGUGUAAAAAAAACUUUGUUUUUGUCUAUAAAAAUACAAUAAAUUAUAUUUUUAUUUUA